CCACAUUAUUCGAUUAAUAGUUGAGCCAUUAAGAUUAAACUAAAAAGUAGAGAAAUGAAGCUAUACACGGCCAUAAUCUGGGGUCUGAUACAAGUGUUGGCGAGCACAGCUUCAGCUUCAACCGAGAUCAUCCCAGCCAGGGAUAAACUUUUUCUAUACUACGAAAAUAACUUAGAAUUGUUUGCCAAAGAGUUUAGUGAUAAAGCUAAAGGUAUAAGUGAAAAAAUUCUACAAGAUUCAAACAUACAACUGGCUAAAACACCCCUAAUGAGAGAAUUUAAAACUAAUAUUACCGAAUAUUUAAAUAACUACGAUUUGUACAAACAUUUUGAUCUAAACAAUGAAUUGCUAACACAAUUUAUAACAACUACCAUACAAUACUAUCAGCAGGAACCCACCACCAAUAAGGAUUUUCAAUAUAUAGUAAAACUAUUGAGAAAAUUACAUUAUGAUGAGUUGCGUGAUGAAUAUGAAGUUAAAUUUCAAAAAUUUAUUAAAGAAUAUUUUCUACCCAAAUUUGAAGAGCUAAAGAAUGAACUUUUGCCCGAUUACUCUAAGCAAAGUCAGGCAUUAUUGAAGUGGUACAACGAUUUGAGAGAGUGCCAGGAUUAUAAGUGUCACUAUAAUUCGUUUCAACAAUUCACCAGUGUAAUCAUAUCACCAGCAAAUCGCUUUUUAGCUUAUAUACGCAAUAAGCUAGAAAACUUUUUUAUCUUUUACUCCAAUCACGCUUACAUUAUUGGCAAAGCUGUUAUUAAAGAUCCCGCGUUGUCACAACUUAGCCCGGCUUUUCGUGAACAAUUUGUUUACGAUAUAAAUGAGUUUCUAAGUAAAUGUGAAAAUAAUCAUGAUAUUCGCGAAUUGUAUAAUUUACUGAAGUUAUUUCGCGUUAAUAUAUUGGAAAAAUAUUACUAUAACAAGGAUAUUAAAAUAACGUAUCAAGUAGUGUUUAGAAGCCUAUUUAAUAAUCAUGGAUUGCGUGAAUUUCUAUCUGAUUAUGAAUUGAAAUUUAUUGUUUUCGUGGAUACGGAUCUGCUUGAAAAAUAUCAACAAUUGAAGUCGUCUUUGGAUGAAGAAGAGUUUAGACAACGAAAACCCUUAAUCGAGAGGUUUGAGAAUUUGAUAAAUAUGACAAAUCAGACGCAAAAAGUUGAACAGCUGGAAAUGGUGUAUCUUUGGGUUUAAUUAUGAAAAAAAUUAAUCGUAUAACAGAAAAAUUUUAAUUUCGAUUCAAAAACAAAUUAUAAAAUUAUAAUAAAUUAUAAUUAAUUUAAAUACAUUUAUAACGUAUUAUAGUUGAUUAUAAUGAAAUAAUAAUACAUUUUAAUACAAUUGUGAUAGAUCAUAAAGCAUUAUAAUACAUUAUAACGGUAAAAUAAAUUAUUUUGAUACAUAAUAAUUAAUUAUAGUGCAAUUAUAAUGCCAUUAUAAUGAUUAUAAUACCAUUAUAAUAGACAAUAACACAAUUAUAAUGAAUUAUAACACGUUAUAAUUGUAUUAGAAUGCCUAUUCUGUCAUUAAAACAUAUUAUAAUGCAAUUAUAACCGAUUAUAGCACUGUUAUAAAUAUUAUAUUGGGAUUAUAACAUGUUGUAAUUUAUUAUAAUGGGGUUAUAAUGCUAACUAAAGUAUUUUAAUACUUUACAAUAAGUUAUAAUGCAUUAUAAUGGAUUACAGUGGUAUUAUAAUAUAAUUAUAAUGAAUUAUAAUACGUUAUAAUAUAUUAUAAUACCUCUAAAUGAGAUUAUAAAGC